AUGGCGCUCAACAUGAAGCUUCUUUUGGCCAUCUGUUGCGUCGCAUUGGUCUUCACUGUUGUCUCUGCAAACAUUUCCAAAGUAGAGAUCAAUGGCUUCGAUGAGGAGCACAACAAGGCUCGUAAAGAGGUCGGCAACAAACCCCUCAAGUGGAACACGACCUUAGCCCAGUAUGCCCAAGAAUAUGCCGAGAAAAGAGUUGACGAUUGUGCCAUGGAGCACUUGAUUGGGCGUUGGGGUGAGAACUUGGCCUCUGGCAACCGCAUGAGCGGUGCAGCUGCUACCAAGUAUUGGGUCACCGAGAAGGAGUUCUAUGACGAAAAGUCGAACAAAUGCGUCAAAGACGAAUGUGGUCACUACCUUGCUGUGGUCUGGGGCAAAAUCACCGAGGUCGGAUGUGGCAUUUCAAAGUGCAAGAAUGGACAAAACUACGUAGUUUGCAGCUACGAUCCCAUGUACCAGCCCGAGGACGAGCGCCCCUACUAG